GAGAGCGCGCGUUACUAACACGGUACGCGCUUGCGCCCGCGGUGUGCAGAGCGGAGCGGCGCUGCUUGAUGGGGAGCGUAGCGCUCGGUGGGGAGCGCGCGACUUGGUGGGGAGCGCGCGUCACCUGUCGCGACAUCAGUGUGACGGCGAGCGUCAGUGGGUGCGGACGAUUGAUACGUGCGCGAUUAUAGUUGUCUCCUCCGUACGAAGAGGCCUUACGGGAUCGGUCGGAACGGCGCUCGCGCGUGGACGCUUGAACGCGUGAACGCGUGAACGCGAGUGCCGGCUGGUGAAGACUUUCGAUCCUUUUUUUUUUUUGUUUUUCGCGCGUCCACCACGCCGUGCGCCGGCGCGCGUGCCUCGAACGUGAAUGUGCCGCUUGGCCGCUGCGGGGCGGCCGACCGUCCUCGGUAAGACAUGCGUGCGGCGGGCCGCCGGUGGACGACCGUGGAUGCAACGACCGCAACGGGGAACGACGUGGUCACGUCGCACGUGACUGCCGCCGUGGCAUCCGUGUACUUCCCGUACUCGGCGUAGUGAGUGUUCGCAAGUUGGAGAGAAAGUAACGCGACGCGCGUACCCGAGAUAGCGCGCCGCGACGUCGCCGGGCGUUGUCGUCGUUCGGCCGAGAGAGAGCGGUGCUCCAGCGCGCGCGGAGCGCAGUGUGACGGUGCGUGUCCGCGAUCCCCGCCGGAAUUUCGUUCCCUUCCGUUCUUCUCGCGAGUGCCGUUCGUGGUGGUUCCCGGUGAAGGCCCGCGGAGAAAACUGCGAACCCUGGCACUACGUCAUCGUUCCGUGCGCCGCUGCGACAUCAUCAUCGCGAGAAGAUGAGGCGCGCCAGCCUCCGCGUCGCCCCCAGGAUGCAACCAGGAUUUCUCUUCUGCUGGUGCGUCAUCGCGACGGUUACUUUCGCCCUGGCUGCCUGGCAGGAGAACGUCAGGCCGAAGAUGUACGUCCAACUAGGUGCGGAGGAUGUGUUCAGGUUUACGGGAAACGAGACGCACACAGACUACUUUCGGUUGGUGCUCAGGGACGGGAACUAUCUUAUGGUCGGCGGAAGAAAUCUCGUGCAUAAUCUCAGUCUGACCGACUUGACGGAGCAGCAGAGGCUGACAUGGUACUCGACAGAGAACGACGUGAAGAUGUGUGUCGUCAAAGGUACACCCGAGGAAAACUGCCAGAACUACAUUCGUAUCCUCGUGAAGACCGGGCCGAACAAUCUCUUCGUGUGUGCUACCAACGCCUUCAAGCCCAUGUGCCGUGAUUAUACGGUACACGCGGGCAACUACACAAUUGUGAAAGAGAAGGGCGGUCAGGCUAGGUGCCCGUAUGACCCACAACACAACAGUACCUUCGUCUAUGUCGACGGUGAACUCUACACCGGCACGGUCGCUGAUUUCGCGGGUAUGGACCCGAUAAUCUAUAGGGAGCCACUGCAGACCGAGCAGUACGACUCGAUGAGUCUGAACGCACCGAACUUCGUGAGCUCCAUGUCCCAAGGAGACUUCGUCUACUUCUUCUUUAGAGAGACCGCUGUAGAAUAUAUCAAUUGCGGCAAGGCCGUCUACUCUCGCGUGGCGCGAGUCUGUAAAUACGACCGGGGCGGACCGCAUCGUUUCCGUAACAGGUGGACGUCCUUCUUGAAGUCGCGUCUCAAUUGUUCCGUCACUGGAGAUUUCCCAUUCUACUUUAACGAGAUACAGUCAACGACUGAGUUGAUCUCGGGCCAAUACGGCGGCACAUCGGCCCAACUCAUUUACGGUACCUUCACAACACCGGUGAACAGCAUAAGCGGCUCGGCGGUAUGUGCGUUCUCGCUGCAGGAUAUCGCCGAUACCUUCGCUGGCAAUUUCAAAGAGCAGAGUGCUAUGAACUCCAAUUGGUUACCAGUGCAGGACACGAAGGUGCCAGAUCCGCGGCCCGGUCAAUGCACCAACGAUUCGCGCACACUGCCAGAUCUGACGCUCAACUUCAUCAACACGCAUUCACUGAUGGACGAGUCAGUGCCGAGCUUUUUCGGCCAGCCGAUCGUUAUACGUACCAGUUUCCAUUACAGAUUCACUCAAAUCGCCGUGGAUCCUCAAGUGAAGACUCCAGGCGGCAAGACUUAUGACGUUCUCUUCAUCGGCACGGACAACGGUAAGGUGAUUAAAGCGGUGAACGCCGAGUCUGCCGAUUCUCAUCAGAAAGUUAGUCCAGUCGUAAUCGAGGAGAUACAGGCGUUUCCACCGACAGUACCGGUUCGCGGCAUCAAGGUUGUUCGAGCCUCGCAGGCGGGCGACGGCCUCGAGGACGGUCGAUUGGUGGUUAUCGCUGAUAGUCAGGUGCAAGCGUUAAGACUCCAUCGUUGCUAUAGCGAUAGAAUACUAUCAUGCAGCGAAUGCGUGGCUCUGCAAGAUCCGUACUGCGCCUGGGACAAAGUGGAGAAUAAAUGCAGAGCGUUGGUCGGCCCGGCAGCGACAGACGCCAGCAGGUUCCUGCAGAGUGUCGCGACCGGAAUGCACGCGUCUUGCCCUGCGAGCAAGAGUCUUAACAAAGACGCCGGCAGCGUCGGCGCCAUUUCCGCUAAUCAGAACAAGUUUCCGCAGGACUCCAUACCGAAUAAGGACAGUCCCGGUGGUGAAAUUAUCAAUAUUAUGCAGGACGAGGAACAGGACAAUUCAGGUCCGGAAGUAUCCGCAGCUGACACGCCUCCUCCACAAUACUCGGUGGAAACUCUCGUGAUGGCUGUAGUAGCGGGUGCGCUGGCCGCAUUGUUCGUCGGCUUUGUAGCCGGUUAUUUAUGCGGCAGAAAAUGCAGGAAAGACGAGGAUGACAAUCUACCAUAUCCGGACACGGAAUACGAAUACUUCGAGCAACGCCAAAAUGUGAACAGCAGGCUGGCGCCUGAGCCGAAGCUGCUACCGCAGGAGGAAGUGACCUAUGCGGAACCAGUGCUGGUUCCACAACCUCCGAAACUUCAGUCCCCAAAAGGUACCAUGAGGAAACCUCCGCCAACGCCUACGGAAACUCUCUUUCAAUUCCCGGACGGCUAUGGUUUCCGCGGGGGUCCUCGUGGGGACAACUUUGGCACUCUUCGCUCUCAUCAGGGCGACGCGUAUCGCCGCAACGACGGCUUUGCGACCACGCGCAGCGUCAAGAAAGUUUAUCUCUGAGAAACGAGC